AUAACAAAACACCUUAAACCUCUUCACCUCUUCUUGUCUGUGUGUUCUGGUGGCGCCUUCUUUACACCCUAACUCUUUUCACUCGCACUCUCUUCCUUCUUUCUCUCUGCCAAAUCUUCGUCUUCUACGCUGAUCAACUCAGAAGAGAGGUUAGCUUGAGACAAUGGCAUCGAGAACGAUUUUGAGGAAGAGGAGUAGUUUUGUUCAUCAAUCCGUGAAUGGUUCAACUUGUCACUCUCUGGAACGCGCUAUUGCUACAACAUCUCCUCCAUCUAAGCAUUUCAACACCGAUGAUGGAAAAUCACUGUGCAAAGGGGAAUUGUUCAAUCUUUCUGGAUUGGGAAUAUAUAUUCCAAGAUUCACGAGAUCGGCGGGUUCACUUAAUGGUUUUUCCGGAUUGAAUGAACCGUUAGGUGUGAGGUGGUUGAUGUCGCAGUCUGCUGCUGCGGCUGCUAAGCAGCCGGAGCAAGACAACGAAGGGAAUGAUGAUAAUCUGGUUGCUAAGAAGAGGAGAGAAGCUUCUCCGGAGGAGUGCGAUCAAGCCGUUGAAGGAUUGACCACUGCCAAAGCUAAAGCCAAGGCAAAGCGAUCUCAAGAAUCUCAUAAAGUGGUGCAAACCGUUUUGCAGCGUGUGUGGGCUGUGUUUUUGGGGAUUGGUCCUGCCUUGAGAGCUGUGGCAUCCAUGAGUAGGGAGGACUGGGCCAAAAAACUUGUUCACUGGAAAGGGGAAAUCAUAUCGACGUUGCAGCAUUACUGGUUGGGAUUUAAGCUGCUGUGGGCUGAUGUGAGAAUCAGUUCCAGGUUGUUGUUGAAGCUUGCUGGUGGGAAGAGUCUAUCUAGAAGGGAGAGACAGCAACUGACGCGGACUACUGCCGAUAUCUUUAGGCUAGUUCCUUUCGCAGUUUUCAUUAUUGUUCCCUUUAUGGAAUUCCUCCUGCCAGUGUUUCUAAAGUUAUUCCCCAACAUGUUGCCAUCAACAUUUCAAGACAAGAUGAAAGAACAGGAAGCAUUGAAAAGGAGACUCAAGGCAAGAAUAGAGUAUGCAAGAUUCCUCCAGGAUACAGUCAAAGAAAUGGCAAAAGAAGUUCAAAACUCCCGUAGUGGAGAACUGAAGAAAACAGCUGAAGAUCUUGAUGAAUUUUUAAACAUGAUUAGAAGAGGUUCACGUGUCUCUAAUGAGGAAAUUUUGGGCUUUGCUAAGUUGUUUAACGAUGAACUUACUCUAGAUAAUAUAAGCAGGCCACGAUUAGUCAAUAUGUGCAAGUAUAUGGGAAUCAGCCCUUUCGGCACUGAUGCAUACUUGCGUUAUAUGCUACGAAAACGUUUACAGAGGAUUAAGGAAGAUGAUAAAUUGAUUCAAUCAGAAGGUGUGGAUUCUCUUUCAGAAGCUGAACUUCGGGAAGAUUGUAGGGAGCGAGGCAUGCUUGGGUUGCUUUCUGUUGAAGAAAUGCGCCAACAGCUUCGAGAUUGGUUGGACUUAUCUCUGAAUCACUCCGUGCCAUCAUCUCUUUUGAUACUUUCAAGGGCAUUUACUGUGUCUGGGAGGAUGAAGCCAGAAGAAGCUGUACAGGCUACAAUUUCUUCUCUCCCUGAUGAGGUUGUAGAUACUGUUGGUGUUACGUCUUUACCCUCGGAGGAUUCUCUCUCAGAGAGGAGGAGGAAAUUGGAGUUCCUUGAAAUGCAGGAAGAACUUAUUAAGGAGGAGGAAGGGAGACAGGAGGUGGAGCAAGCAAGAGUGGAUAUUAAUUCUAGUCAAGACGAUGAUAAGGCUCUGAAAGAGAUGAAUAUUUCAACGGCAAAAGAAGCCCAUCAACUUGCUAGAGCCAGAACAUUGGAAAACCAAGAGCAGCUGUGUGAAAUUAGUCGUGCAUUAGCUGUUUUAGCUUCUGCGUCGUCUGUAAGUACAGAGCGUGAAGAUUUUCUGAGGCUGGUUAACAAAGAGAUAGAACUUUAUAACAGCAUGGUAGAGAAAGAGGGUUCAAAUGGUGAAAAAGAUGCCUUUAAGGCAUAUAAAGCUGCCCGAGAGGAGCAUGAGCACGAUACUGAGUCUGGUGAAGGGGAUGAGGUGUCUUCAGCACUCAUAGAGAGAGUUGAUGCUAUGCUCCAAAAUCUUGAGAAGGAAAUAGAUGAUGUGGAUGCCAAAAUUGGUGACCGUUGGAGACUGCUGGAUAGAGAUUAUGAUGGGAAAGUAACUCCUGAGGAGGUAGCAUCUGCUGCAAUGUACUUAAAGGAUACAUUGGGCAAGGAGGGUAUCCAAGAACUCAUCAGCAAUCUUUCCAAAGAUAGAGAUGGGAAAAUACUUGUUGAGGACAUUGUUAAAUUGGGCGGUUGGAGGGACGAUGGUAAUGCAGCUGAGGAUAGGACCAUGUAGAGGGUAUGAUCCCUAACCUGACCUCCAGAAACAUCUUAUUUGUUAUUCCAUGCUAUAUAAAAUAUGUCGCGCAAAUAUAUUUAUAGGCCAUUCGAAUCUUAGUCAUUGAUUUUGUAUUCAUGUAUUAAUAAGUAGUUCAAGUGUAGCAGUCAGAUGAAAAUGAAGUGUGUGCGAGCUCUGUAAAUUUUUGACAGCUGAUCACGCAAAUACACUUACAUUUACAUAUGAUACAACAUUUAGGGCCUUGUUGGCUAUUGGGAUGCAUCUACUGUACUAAAAUUGAAAGUUAA